AUGUCCUAUUUACGGCGAAAACCCGAAGAUGAAGUAUGGUAUAUUCAUGCACCUCUAAAGAAAGGUAAUCGCGAAUUAGUUACUGCUCCUCCUCCAUCGCAAAUACCUUAUCUUAAUGGCGUUUUUGAUGAUGAGGCAACUAUUAAUCAACCGAAACCAGUUUAUGUUCGAGAAACUGAUUCAGAUUAUAUUCGUCGAUGUAAAUUAGGUGGUAGUAGUAAUUUACUCGUACAUAUUGAUCCAGCAACGCGUAAAAGUAAAGAACCUGUCCCUUAUCCAAGACCACUUUGGUGGGACGCUAUGUGUGAACCAAUUCCAGAACCAGUUAAUCCAGAUGAUUUUGAGCAACAAAAGAAAAAUGCUCAACAUGUAUUUGGUGCUCCUGAGUGGUUUGUUCAUGGUGAAUAUAAUCGCACUCCAGAUAGACAACAAAAUGCACCUUCAGCACAAAAUCAUACAUUUAGACAAUCACAAUUGCCGACUAACACCAAACGUAAAUAG